CUCUUAGGUUCCUGCAGUCGUUUCGUGUCGGUGGAUCGUGAAGUAUAACUUUUCGAUCCUUUCUUCUUCGUAUCGAUUACGAAAGUAUUAGUCGAGUCUUCUUUCAUCAAAAAUGAAACGAAGUUGUUACUGUUUUUGUCAAUAAAUGGAAAGUGAUACGAAGUGAAUAUUUAGUAGUGCAAUGUCGACGCCGAAAGAAUAUAUAUGUCAAGUUUCGGCGGAGGAGAAAGCUUUCAUGGCGGAAUAUUUGAAUGAAACUGAUGAGAUCAGACCAAUAAAAAUCGCCGAAAUAAGAGAGUGGAUCCUCGAAAACGAAGAUUUGCGUGCACCUACCGAUGAUUUCUCGAUUCUACGCUUUUUGAGAGCAUGUAAGUUCAACGUGGACAAAACAAAAGCCAAGUUGCGUAAUUAUUACAAGCAAAGAACAAACUUGCCUGAGUGGUAUAGCAACAGGGAUCCGUUUUUACCAGUGUUGCAGGAACUUUUUGACCUUGGGGUACUUUUACCUUUAAGAAAAUUGGAUAACGAGGGAAGAAUGGUCGUAAUAAUACGCGCGGCUGCGCACACGCCCAGUAAACACAAAAUGUCAGACAUGUUGAAGGCAUCGCUGAUGGCUCUGGACCUAGCAUUACGAGACCAUGAACCGGUAACAAUCCACGGUAUAACAGCUAUCUUGGACCUAGGUGGCGUUACGUACGAGCACGUUCUUCAAUUACCUCCGAGCGUCAUUAAGAAUCUAGUUCACGCAUGGCAGGGUUGCUAUCCUGUUAGAAUCCACUCGUUGAACUUUAUUAAUGCUCACAGAUUCGUGAACACGGUACUCAACAUUUUCAGAAGCUUCAUGAACUCGAAAUUGAAACAAAGGGUACACGUGCAUUCCCGCGGCAAACUCAAGUUGUACGAAACACUGCCAAUUAGCAUUUUACCAACAGAGUACGGGGGCACGUGCAGCACGGUCAAAGAAUUAAGCGAGUAUUGGAAGCGUCUCAUUGAGGACAAUCGAGAAUGGUUUGCCGAGGAAGAAAAGUAUAAAUUGACGUUGAUUAAGUAGCACAAAUUGAGUCUAAUUCGUGAUUACGAGAAUUGCAUAUGCGAUUGCAGCGGUUAAAAAUGAACGACGUGACAGGUAUUAAGAUGUUUUGUAUCUUUUGUAAAUGUUUUUAUAUGGAAAAUUAGAGAAAACGAAAAUGUACAUUGUUUUUGAUCUUCCUUUUCUCUUCUAUACACUUUCUGCUGUAUCCUCGAUAGAAUUUGUUUAAGACAUCGAAAUUCGACUGUGAAAAAAACGUAUCUGAACAUAUUUAAAACGUGAAUAAUCCAGAACAUGGACCACACGUAAAACGUGAUCAUUAUAAUUCUUCGUAUACUACAAUAUGAUACAUGUUCGAUCUGUUCUAAAAAUCAUAUUGCACACUGGCGUGGAUUCGUAUUUUUAAAAUUCUUGCGACAAUCGGUAAUGUUUUAUACAAAGUUUCGAGAAUUUCCUACAAGAUGUACAGUUUACCAGUAUUUUCACGGUAGUCUCUCGCUUCGUUUCCUUUAAACGAAUUAUCCUUGCUUACUCUGUCGCGCUUGCGAUCGUUAAAGUUAAAUAAAACAUACAUUUAAGUCAUGGGCAAGUAAGACUGUCCUAAAAUCUAAUCCGCUACUCGUUAACUUAACAACUUACUACACACGAUCCCAUUUACAUUCGGGGAGUAAAUUUACCAGGAUACAUUACACCGAUUACCAACCGUCUCGUUUCGUCGAAUCUGUACUUACUCCAUACACGAUGUUCGAGGAACGAAACGACGUAUCCUUUCUGCAGAAAUUAUCCGUGGCAAAGUACGUCCCCGUGGAUAAAAGUUAUAUUACAGACGGUCAACUUAACAUAGAAAGAAAAAAAAAA